AUGGACGACUUCCUGCCGGAGCUCCUCUGCCUCCACCCCUCCGACAUGGUAAUCACCACCCUCCCCUCUCUCUCUGAGACCAAACCCUCCCUCCACCUGAAGAUCUGCCUGUCUUCCCCAGGAACACCUGCUCUAUGCCGGAGAGGAUGACCUCUUCAAUGCCGACACAAUCGAGCCCAGAGAUCACCCCGCGGGCUUCAAGAUCCCCUGCAUCCAAGUCAACGACGAGGCUUAUUCCCCAGCCACCUGCUCCAAGACCUUCACAGUAAGCUUCUUUCCAUGAAAGAAACGAUUUUGACCUGCUGGGCGACGAGGAUUGAACCUCGGUGAUCUGAUUCCGGCUUCCGUCAGAGCCCGAAAGAUGGUCCAAGCGCCGCCCAGCUUGCCCACGAGAGAUCGCCGCCACCUGCAACGAGAGACAGCAUCGAAGAGCGCCGGAAGAAAAUCUCCAGGUACAUGAAGAAGAGGACCAGGAGGAACUUCGGGCGAAAUAUCAAGGUAAAUAAAUGUCCAUCUUCCCCAUCCCCCAAAAAAACAAGGUCGAGAGCGAGAGAGAGAGAGAGAGAGGGAGGGAGGUCAAAGGGUGUUCAAGAAACACACCAAAAGUAGAACUUCAUUGACCAAAAAGGUAGACUUUCGUAGCUCAAAGAGCCCACUUGCUUACUUCAUCUGGAGCUGUUGCUCUCCCUGUGCAGUAUGCCUGCAGGAAGGUGUUAGCAGACAGCCAGCCGAGGGUACGUGGAAGAUUUGCAAAGGCCAAAGUGCAUGAGAUGACAGCCACGGCGCCAUAA